AUGCAAGGAGAAAGGUAUCUGAUCAGGACAACUUUCCUACACGGAGGUUUUGACAACAACUCCACUAAGCGGUUCGAGCUCCACCUCGGGGUUAACCCAUGGACCACGGUGUCAACCGUCAACGAGACAGAACAAAUUGUUUUUGAGAUGAUUCAUCUUUUGACCACUGAUAGGUUACAAGUCUGUCUGGUCAAGACAGGGGACCCAACGCCAUUCAUCACCGGUUUAGAGCUGCGUAAACUCAAUACCAAGCCUACAGCUCUUCAACAGGAUCCUUGCAGACUUUCUUGCGAGCAGACGUACAGAGAAGAUGUCUUUGAUCGCAUUUGGAUGCCUUACAAUUCGGAAAAAUGGUCGCAGAUUAGUACUCAUAACAGUGUAGGUGUCUACAAUGAGUACAAGCCGCCAGAGACUGCUAUGAUCACGGCCUCUGUUCCAACAGACCUGGACGCUUCUCUGAACAUUUCGCCCUCCGUUGGAUAA